UCACAUCAUUGGCGCAAAAUAUGCGUAUUGUUUUGAAUUUUUUUGGUAGUGUCGCACCGUAGGGAUCGCCGGAAUAUCAACAUAAAGUUUUUAGUAUUAUCGUUCCAAGUGUGUGAAAUAAGUCUGAUUUUAAAUUUUUGUUGGGUUCUGAGUAGCUGUUUGUUCAAGAAAGCUCGCCAUGCUUAAAGACGGAAAAUCUAAUUUACCGUGGGUAGAAAAAUACCGACCAGCCACACUAAGCGAUCUCAUUUCUCACGAAGAGAUAAUUUCCACAAUCAAUAAAUUCAUUCAGGAAGACCAGUUACCCCACCUGUUGUUUUACGGUCCGCCAGGAACUGGCAAAACCAGUACUAUAUUGGCAUGUGCUCGACAGCUGUAUAAACCACAGUCGUUCAAUCAAAUGGUAUUGGAGUUGAAUGCCUCCGAUGAUCGUGGAAUCAACAUCGUACGGGGUCAAAUAUUAAAUUUUGCUUCGACCAGAACCAUUUUCAGCGGUGGAUACAAACUGAUCAUACUGGACGAAGCGGAUGCAAUGACCAAUGAUGCGCAGAAUGCCCUCCGGAGAAUUAUUGAGAAGUACACCGAUAAUGUGAGGUUUUGCAUUAUUUGCAAUUACCUCAGCAAAAUUAUUCCGGCAUUGCAGUCGCGAUGCACCCGCUUUCGUUUUGCACCGCUGGCAGCGGAACAGAUACUACCGCGACUCGAGCAUGUCAUUGAAGCUGAAAGUAUUAAGGUUUCCGACGACGGCAAAAAGGCGCUAAUGACACUGGCUGGAGGUGAUAUGCGAAAAGUGUUGAACGUGCUGCAGAGUACCUGGAUGGCGUACAAAGACGUAACCGAGGACAAUGUCUAUACCUGUGUAGGUCAUCCGCUCAAGAGUGACAUUACAAACAUCGUGAACUGGUUACUAAAUGUUGAAGGCUUCAAGGAAGUUUUUCAGAAAAUCCAGGAACUGAAAACCAACAAAGGUCUCGCACUUGAGGACAUCCUGACCGAGAUUCAUCUCUACGUCCACCGGAUGGAACUACCACCACGAGUUAUGUCCCAGUUACUCAUCAAAAUGGCAGCCAUCGAAGAACGGCUGGCCGCCGGGUGUGUCGAGAAACCACAAAUGGCAGCUCUAAUUGCAGCGUUCCAGAUCGCACGUGAUCAGGUCAUUAUUGAAGGUUGACCGUCAGUUCGAAGUGAGUUCCUGCCUUCCGGCAUGGGACAUUGCAUUUGUUAUUUAUGCGAUAUGAAAUAUAAGUAUUUGUGUUUUAAUCUCGAAUAAACUUGACUGUAUGGUCGUUUUGUCAUUAGUGGCCCUUACAAGA